UCUUCUUCUUCUUCUUCUUUUUCUUCUUCAUACAUCUGAAUUACAGAGCUUUGAAAAGACCUUGAAGUCAUGGAAGUUAUGAACAAGUUCAUAACAAUUAAGAGGCACAUAGAAGGUGCACCACAAGAAUCUGACUUUGAGCUCAAGACUGAAUCAAUUUCUCUCUCAGUUCAGGCUGGCUCCAAUGAUGUUAUUGUCAAAACCUUCUAUUUAUCAAUCGAUCCUUACCAACUAAACAGGAUGAAGAGUUACAGCUCCUCACAGAAAGCUCACAGUUUUGCAGUUGGCAUUAUUCCUGGUGAGGCCAUUGAUGCUUUUGGUUUGGGAAGAGUUGUGGCUUCAGGACACCCUGGCUUUGAGAAGGAUGAUUUGGUUGCUGGAGUUAUCACUUGGGGAGAGUACAGUUUAAUAAAAGGAGCUGUGAUGUUAAAUAAGUUGGACACCAUGGGCCUUCCACUCUCCUAUCAUGUUGGAAUUUUAGGUUUUAGUGGGCUUACAGCGUAUGGAGGGUUUUUCCAAGUAUGUAGGCCGAAGAAAGGAGAGAAAGUGUUUGUCUCUGCAGCUUCUGGUUCUGUCGGAAAUUUGGUUGGUCAGUAUGCAAAGUUGUUUGGAUGCUAUGUUGUCGGCUGUGCUGGAACCAAACAAAAGGUGGAAUUGCUUAAAGAGAAGCUUGGUUUUGAUGAUGCAUUCAACUACAAAGAAGAAACAGAUCUCAAGUCAACUCUCAAAAGGUACUUCCCUGAUGGCAUUGACAUAUAUUUUGACAAUGUGGGAGGUGAUAUGCUUGAAGCUGCAGUUUUCAACAUGAACACAUUUGGUAGAGUUGCAGUUUGUGGGGUAAUCUCCGAGUACACAGACGUCGCAAAACGAGCUGCACCAGACAUGCUUGAUGUUAUUUAUAAGAGAAUCGCUAUCCAAGGCUUCUUAGCCGCCGAUCAGAUGAAUGUUUAUGCAGAUUUCCUCUCAACAACUGCUGAUCACCUUCGCAAUGGGAAAAUGAAGGUGCUCGAGGACAUUUCACAUGGCGUGGAAAGCAUUCCAACCACUUUUAUGGCACUUUUUAGCGGUGAUAACAUUGGAAAAACGAUUGUUCAAAUCAUAGCAGAUGUUUAGAACUCAUUUUGCAUAUUAGAUGUUUUCCUUCCCAUUGAUUCAGAGAA